GGGAGAGCGAGAGAGACAUCGCGGGAUUAGAUGGGAUCUUUUCUUCCACUUACCACGUAUUCGUGGCACGCGCGUGCAUGUCCGCCACGGCGUGCGAUGUUCCGGCGCGAGCCGAGCUGUCAUUCCAUGCGAGCGAUGUAAAUGGGGAGCCGCCAAGUGCGACGUGACCACGCAGUCACCGCAAUCGAAAGAUGGACAGAUUGCGAAUACUACCUAUGGACUUACCUGCAAUCACCGUCAGCAGUAAUGGCAGUGGUAAAGGCAAGGCAUCCUUUGUUCGACGAUUGGCAAUAGGAUUUGUGAUUCUGGCCAUUCUAGGCCUCUUGUAUGUGCCAGCAUACCACUCUGCUCAGACUCCGUUUUUAGGCUUAAGUGAGACUCCAUCUUCCGCAGAACCUCUUGGUAGCUUACGCUUGAUAGCAUCCAUAGCACAAUUGCCUGGAUGGUCGUACAAUACAUCAAGAGAUCUCUGUGUUUACAUACACCCAGAGAACAACACGUCGAUUCUCAAUCCCACCGGCAUUUGUUCAGUACCGCCAUAUCUGCUGAUAAUCAUAUGUUCGGCAGUAGCAAAUCAAGAGGCCCGUACCGCUAUUAGGAGCACCUGGGCAAAUAAAUAUAAUUUAGAUAAUUUGUAUAAUUCUACAGUAAAAAUAGCAUUUCUAUUAGGAAAAAGUGACAAUGAUACACUCAAUAAUCUGAUUGUCGAAGAAAGUUCCCAGUACAAUGAUAUCGUGCAAGAACGUUUCUUUGAUACAUAUAACAAUUUGACGAUAAAGUCGGUUAUGAUGCUGAAAUGGGUUACGUCGAAUUGUAAUCAAGCUAAAUACCUCAUGAAAACGGAUGACGACAUGUUCGUAAAUGUUCCCUUGCUUCUGCAAACGUUGCACGCGAGAACGCAAACAGAGACUCUCUUAGGUUCCCUCAUUUGUAAUGCUAAACCAAUAUUGGAUUCCAAAAACAAAUGGUAUACACCCAAGUAUAUGUACUCGGAGAAAACAUAUCCAAACUAUUUAUCAGGUACAGGGUAUGUUAUGAGUAUGGAUGUGGCAUCUAAGUUAUAUCAAGCAGCAUUGAUAACGCCGUUGCUGCACCUGGAGGAUGUUUACGUUACGGGUUUAUGCGCAAAGCGCGCAAAAGUCCGUCCUGUCAACCAUCCUGGAUUUAGUUAUACACCUCGCAAACUAGAUCCUUGCGUGCUCAGAAACGCUAUUACCACACAUAAGGUUAAUGCGUCUAAUAUGUAUGUGAUUUGGGUGAAAGUGAACGAUACGAGCGUUUCCUGCAGCAAUCGUACUCGUACUGAUAGAAAGCCAAUCACUCUGAGCAGAAGCGGCAGGAAUGCCGGUUAUUAUGUCUUCAAAAGAAAAACUAUAAACAAGUGCGUAUAGAAGCAUCUUUAAUAAUAUUAAUUUCAUGCAUUAUAAGACUAAUUUUUUGUUAUUGAGUUUCCUGUUAAGCGCAAAUUGAAUCAGAAUGAAUAAAUACGAGAGAUAAUACAGAAUAUAAAUAUAAAUUUCUUAAUUUCUAAAAGCUUUAGCUAAAGGAAAGUUUUUUAAUUUCUUAUAAAAUUAAUUAUUUAUAAAUAUAUUUACAAAUAUAUCGAAAUAUUAUCGGUUGUUUUCUAUCAUUAUGUCAUUUAUACUUUCGUAAUGUGAAUUUGAUACAAACAAAUAGAAUAAAUAAUUCGAACUUUUGAAGAGAUAACAUCAUAAAUAAUUUUCGCAAAUCUUCGAUUCUAUCAGGCUGUGUCCAAUUUCCAUUGUUAGUUUAUGGUUAAUAUUAAAUCUUUAAGUUUCAUAUAGUAAGAACAUGGCCAAUUCGCAUCGAUAGUCUAACUAAUCGUCCAUCGGUUACUGUCUUCUUACGAAUUAUGAUUUUGCACAUAAUAUAAAUGGAAAUUAAAAAAAUUGAAUUAAUUAGUAUAUACAGUAAUGUUAACCGACAUACAUCGGUGCAAUUGGUACUAUGCAUUUUCGUGGAGCGAUCGUGACAGACGUUCGGACAACAAGCCGAAGGUUUUGUAUAUUUUUCUAUUUAAACCAAAGUAGUAUUUAAGAAUACACUGUCAAUUAGAUCUUUUACAUAAUUUAUAUCAUCUUUUCCGCCGCUUUAUGUAAGAUACAAUUUAAAACAGCAAGAUCUGAGAUAUGUGAUUUACGAGGAAGAAGAGUAUUACUUUAUUAUGAAUAGUUUGUCCGAAUGUUAGACUUACCGAUUGAUACUUCCUAAUAACAUACAUAAUGUAUGUUUCUCUAAUGUAAUAAAACAUUUUCUGCAGUC